AUGCUCUGUCCUAUGGUCGGUGGUCAAAGACAAGCGAUUGUUGUGAAAGUCAAAGAGGUUUAUCACACUGAUGAUGAGCUUGAAGUUGGAGAUGUUGCUAGUGGAAUUGCACAGGAACUGGCUAAAGGCAUAUAUGAGGACGUUCGAGAGAGCUACUUAUCCAUUGAAGAAUCCGUCGUCAGGGCUGCCUGGAUGGGGACAGCUUGUGAUGGACCUUACCAAGCUAGACUGUUUGCUUCAACACUGCAGCAAUUGUUGGAUCAAACACAGUACGAUGAUGUGUUCUUUUCUGUGUUGUGGGAUGCUUCCCAUUUUGUUGACCUAGCAUUCUCGGAUGUCUUUGAAGGGGAAGAUUGGAAGUUCAAAGGAUCUUAUUCAACGCCUGGUCAAACGAUCCAGCGUAGUUCAUCACAUCUUUCAGCGUGGGAAAAUGCUACCAGCCAAGCAUGUAGUACCAGAUUUACCACAUCGCAGUAUGUAGAGUUCAAGAAACUGCUGGCUAGCCUACCACUCUUUGUUACUGUCGUUCCAAUUGAAGUGUUCCUCAAACAUUGAUUCAAUACAUUACCUCGGGCUGGCCAAUUCAUUUCAUCAAGUUCCUCGAAAUAUUCAUACACUUCCUAGUAUAAUUGUAAACUUCCUGUUGAAUAGUUUGAAUGCACCAAUCACCUUUUUGUUGUUUGUGUAGCUAACCAAUCAUAAAUAGAAAGGAAGUGACCAGAAAUGAUCAAAUUCUUGGAAUUGGCUCUUUCACAGGAAGUGUAUGAAUAUCUCGAGGAACUUGAUGAAAUGAAUUGGUCAGCUUGAGGUAAUGUAUUGAAUCAAUAUUUGAGGAACACUUCAAUUGGAACGACAGUAAGACAUUUUGAGAAUUUCAGUCGUGUGAAAUUAAAGAGUAUAUGAUUGCAGGUGAGGAUUUCGUCAUGGAUCUUUGUGGGGUUGUUGACAUUCUACAUCCUUUGAUCAAGAUGUUUGUGGAAUUACAAAGUCUGAGUGCCCCUUCUUGGUAA